AUUGUUUACAAAUUGUAACCUAGCUGCUUCCAGUCUGCAUUGCAGUCCAUGUUUUCGUGUUCUGUGGAACUAAAUGUUAUUUUAAUUAUUCGUUUGGAUUUUUUUCCUCAAAAGGACUUCCAACCAUGAGAAUUUUGCACUGACAUAAUGACAAGUUAUCGUAAAUGACAGUCCGAUAAUUCUUUUUAAAUAGCUGCACAACAGUUAGCUAACAGUUAGCUAGCUCAACAGUUGUUCUGCAGCAUGGCUGUUCGAUUCAUUUCAACAGGUGUUAGCUACAGGAAGGCAAAGUCGGUCUCAAGAGGUUUCUCUUCGGUAACUGUCCCGAGGAGAGUUGUAAACUAAUAUUCUCUGUUUGCGGCUAGUUUAGCUAUAGUUAACUGUAAGGUCUGUUCAACUCAUAGACUCUAUGGUUCAACUAGGUAGCUGUUCACGUGAGUUGUACGUAAGUUUGUCAAACUUGAGCUAACUGUGUGUCAUGCUCAUCAGCCCGAUCCUAUCGACGUGUUCAAAAAUCGUGUGUUUGCAGAGGGUUCUUGCUUUCACUGAACUAUCAUUUCGCAGGCUGCAUCCCAAAUCCACCAGUCACUGUUGUGACGUAAGCGAGCCGAAGCCAUCUGCACACCGGUCCAGACUUAAGGAGCAGUCCGGUCUGUAUCAGCUAUACAUUUGUGUUAUGCAGCGAGCCGAUAUCUCAUCAGGCAAAGAGACCACUGCUAGUGCCUCAGAUGAUGACAAUGACGAGGAGGAGGAGGGUGGUGGUGAAUGUGAGGAUGUACAGGAGAGUCAGGCAGAAAACAAGGAGUUGAAGAAUCAAACGAUGAUUCCAGGUCAGGUGGAUGCAGUCACCAUGGAGGUCCAACAAGACCCUGGAGCCGGCACAGGGUCAGCUCCAGCAGGAUUGAGUGAGAAGAAGAACAAGAGGAAGAGGAGGAGGGAGAAGAGGAAACUGAUGAAGAAACAGCUCAAGUCUGCUGAUACUUCGGACAAUUUCAUGUCAGAGCUUCCAUUUUCUCUGACCAGCCCCUCUACAUGGAAAGAGCUAGGAUUCCCCAGCCCAGAGUCAGUCCAGAAGAAGAGGAAGAGAAAGAGAGGAAACAGUGAAGGGCGAGUGGACAGUGAAGAGGAUGCAGAGAACAAGAAGAAAAAGAAAGAGACCAUGCGACCCAACUACUUUAUCUCCAUCCCCAUCACUAACACACAGAUCAGUUCAGCUGUGAUUGCGGUCCAAGAGGCGGUGCUUCAGCAGGAGCCCCGAUUGGCUAGAGCCAUGAUCCCUGUCCCAACUCUCCACAUCACGCUAUUAGUCACUCAUCUCGCCAGUCAGGAGCAAGUAGACCUGGCGGCAACCGUUCUGGCUCAGGUCGAGCCUUCAUUGGCUGAGCUGCUGGGGGGGCGGGAUCUGGUGCUGCCCUUCUCAGGAAUCAGUCAUUUCAGGAAGGAGGUGGUGUUUGUUGGGCUGACCCCCGGACAACACAGACACACACUGGACAGUCUGGCAGAGUUGUUGCGGAGCCGUUUUGAGGAGCAGGGUCUUCUGCAAGAAGGAAAUCGUGGGUUUGAACCCCACCUCACCAUUAUGAAGCUAUCCAGAGUAUCAAAACUACGAUCCCAGGGUAUAAAGCGUGUGGACCCAGCCCUCUACUCAAACUAUACAAACAAGUUUUUUGGAGACCAGACAGUCGAGCGGCUGGAUCUUUGUUCCAUGUUGAAAAAGAAGCAACAAGACGGAUAUUACCACACCGAUACUUCACUACAACUUGACUUGAACCCUCUCCAUGCCAAACACUCAAGUGGGCGUCGCCGUUCUGAGCCCGAUGAGGCGGAGCUACUGAGAGUCAGCAGGCGACUGGUCGAGGAUGCUGUCAAUCGCGCCUUGCUACAGUUCAAACAAGAAACACUUCAAAAUGGGGGCGGGCCUAAUGCCACGGCACUACAGCCCCCUGGAAACACUGAAAAUACUGCGACAAAGACGGACACUACAGCUAACUCCACCACAGACAACAGGAAGUGACAUCAUCGGACUGAGGUACAGAGACUGACAAAACCAGCUGCCCAGAAAA